CUUGCCUCCACCUUCAUCUCUCCCCGGUAUAACGCCCUCUAGCGACAAUGAACCCAAGAAUGCGUUCAUCAGAUGCGCCUAUGGAUUUUAUGUACACAUCAAGACCUAGCAGUCAGGCAAAACCUGUAUGGGCAUCAAGUGGUGACGACGAGAAAAGCACUCCAAAGAAAAGAUCUCAUGACGCACUCAGUCCAGAUACGCCCAUGGACCCGCCUACGUUUGGCAUAAACCAAAACAUCCCGUUUAUAUUCCAAACGCCUGCGAAACAACCAGAAUCUCCGUAUCCUUGGUCACCUCCACCAGGAUUCUCGUCGUCUAGAGCGUUCCCAACACCAGCGCAACAGAGUGAGAUUCGCGAUGUUGACAUGACAGAGGCCAGCCCGCCCAAACCCGAAGAUCCAAGUCCAGAGAAAGAGAAAUCCGAAAGCGGCCUACGAAUGGUCGCUACAGGUGCAUUACGUCGAGUGUACAGAGCACGACAAAAGGCGAGGGGCGCUGACAAACAGGCCCUCGCCCUUCGGAGGAAUUGGGAAAGUGGAAGUGGAAGCGAAGUGGAAGAGGAUAUUGAGGAUGAAAGUGGAGGACGAGCCGUUCAUAAGACGUCCAACCAUUACACAUUAAACUUGCCAUCUCCUACCCCUCCUCGAUCCGAUACUCCCUAUGUUCUACUCGGCUACCUCCAGUUUUUCUUCAACUUCUCGCUCGUGCUCAUAUUCUUCUAUCUGCUCGUUCAAUUUAUUUUAACUGUCCAGCGGGACGUGGAACACCGCAUAUCAGAAUAUUCGAUGGAUAUUGUCCAGGAAAUUGCUGGUUGUGCAUUGCAGUAUAAGAACAAUUAUUGCGCUUCUCCCCUCCCUGCGAUGAUCCACCAAUGUGGAUUAUGGGAAACCUGUAUGAACCGAGACCCCACCAAGAUCGGGCGCGCUCGUGUAGGAGCCGAGCUUAUUGCAGAAGUGGUGAACGGAUUUGUGGAGCCUAUAACUUGGAAAACACUCAUCUUCGCUUUGACCUCAUUAUCGUUCUUGACGGUGUUUAUCAACACAUUGCUAUCUUUAUACCGUUCGAAACAUCGGCCUUUAGAGCCAUUAGUGACGGCACCACCACCGGCGGUCCAUGCCUUGAACUUCCCGCCUUAUCCGUCGCAUCAAUAUGGUGGCUACACAGCUUCCCCUAACUGGGGAAGAUCAUGGAACGGUGGCGAAGAAGAAUUGGAAACUCCCUCAAGGAGAAGAAGAUUGGAAGGCGGUGCUACGAUGAAGAUCAAAUGAGGGCCCAAACCAAAAGAAGUUCCUAAAAAACGUGUCGCUUUGAUGUAUUGCAUUCGUGUUAGCGGGGGUGACAUAUCAGCGGUUUGUUGACAUAGGAUAUAUGGGACAAUGAAUGAUAUAUGCUUCAUGGGCGUUCUUACCACUGUUCAUGAGGAUAUGCGUGUAUGUUGUUAAUGCGAUCAACGUACCUCGACCUAAA